UUGCCAUUUUUACUUUUAAAUCAGAUUAAAGUUGCCAACAUGUCUUAUUUUGACUUUGAUUCUGAUGAUUUCGACGGAGAUAUGGACAGAAAUGAAAUGACAUCUCCAGCAGAUAGUAUAAACUUUACUAGUGAUUCGGCAAAUUCGCCUACACCACCAACAACACAACGUUAUAGUUAUUCGCAAAGUCAACCAAAAGCUACUCAAGUUGUACAAAACAAUAACUUUACACAGAUCCAAAGUCCUCCUCCGAUGUCUACACAAUGCCAACAAAUAGCAGUAAACAGUUACCAACCAAUAGCAGUAAACAACUGUCAACAAAUAGCAGUAAACAACUGUCAACAAAUAGCAUAUAACAACAUGAAUACGGCAUGGUGGAGUUAUCAUUUUAACCCAUUCUGUCAGCCUCAAAUGUAUGCACCAGUCAUGGCUUAUCCAGUACAAUGGGGACCAUAUGCAACAGCCGGACAGUUUCAAAUGAUGGCACCUAAUCAACCAAUGGUUCCUGUCAUUCAACAGCAGACCAACUCUCAAAACGGAUUUCAAGGUGUUCCGCAGCAAACGUGUUACAAUGCUGCUACCUUUUCCUUUGGGGAUAAUCGAACAGUGCAACAUAAUCUUAAAGCCAUACGAUCAAGGACCACCUCCCCAAUAUGGACCACCCCCACCACAAUACGGUGGGUAUAUGCCUCCUCAGCAGCAGCAACAACAGACGACAGUUGUUGUACAAGGGGGACAACCAAAUACUACUAUCAUCCAACAAAGAAAGGAAAGGUUUGCAGACAAAAUAUGUUUGAACCUUAUUUUGACUUGCUUUAUUCCUUUUUGGCCAAUUAUAUGGAUAAUUAUGUGUAUUGUGGAGUAACAUGAUUAGAAGAGAAGAUUAUAUCAGCUCUGAAGAGUGUAGACAAACUCAGUUAUUUAUUGAACAUACUAUGUGUUUAUUUAUUAUAUAAAAA